UCCAGGGGGGAGGCACAUUUGCAGCCCCAGUCACAAGCCAGGCUCCUCCUGCUCGGAUUCCUCUCGCGGAGCGCGGUGGGAAGCGAUUCCUCUGCUGCUGCUGUUGCUGCCCUUGGAGUGUCUUCUCCCCACUUUUCUGGCUCUGUGUGAGGCAGGCAGGUCGCUUCCCUUGGAAUUGCUCCAGGCAGGCCAGGUUGGAGUGAGAGCAGCCUUUCUGCAGAGCCCAGGAUGAGUUCCAUGCUGACCUCGGCCAUCCGGAGCCUGCCCGUGUCCUCAGCCUGGGCUGCCGGGGCCUUUGCUCGGUCGCUCAGCUGCUCCUCACAGCUCCAAGCCACAGCCCAGCCCAAGACUAAGAAGACCUUGGGCAAGAGUGGAGUGAAGAAUGUUGUGGUGGUGGAGGGCGUCCGCAUCCCCUUCCUGCAGUCCGGCACCUCGUAUGCAAAUUCCCUUUGUUUUGAUCCUCUCCUCAGGGGCCUGCUGACCCGCACCAGCGUCCCAAAGGAUGUUGUGGAUUACAUUGUUUAUGGCACAGUUAUCCAGGAGGUGAAAACCAGUAAUGUUGCCAGAGAGGCUGCCUUGGGAGCGGGUUUCUCCGACAAAACCCCGGCCCACACCGUCACCAUGGCCUGCAUUUCCUCCAACCAGGCGAUGACCACGGGUACGUGGGCUGGGGGAACAAGCUGUGGGGUUGAGAAAGAGGCUGUAGAGGAAUUUCUUUCCCAAGCUCUGACUUGCACUGCUUUUGAAUAUAAAAACUGCUGGAAUGGAGGGAAAGACGGGGCUAACAGGGAAAAAGCAAAGCCACUCCUGAGCUCUGGGUGCUGCCCGGGGGUGGUUUUGGCCGUGCUGACCUUGCCUGCCUGGCUGCAGCUCCCGGCUGUGGCCGAGUUCUCCACCAGUGAGACCAUGGGGCACUCUGCCGACCGCCUGGCCGCCGCCUUCGGCGUGUCCCGCCUGGAGCAGGACGAGUACGCCCUGCGCUCCCACACGCUGGCCAAGAAGGCCCAGGACGAGGGGCUGCUGCUGGACGUGGUGCCCUUCAAAGUGCCAGGCAAAGACACAGUCACCAAGGACAACGGGAUCCGGCCCUCCUCCAUGGAGCAGAUGGGGAAGCUGAAGCCGGCGUUUGUCAAGCCCUAUGGAACUGUGACAGCAGCCAAUUCCUCCUUCCUGACGGACGGUGCGUCGGCGAUCCUGCUCAUGUCCGAGGAGAAGGCCCUGGCCAUGGGGUACAAACCCAAGGCCUACCUGAGGGACUUCGUGUACGUGUCCCAGGAUCCCAAGGACCAGCUGCUGCUGGGGUAGGUGGUGCUGGGGACCAUGGGGAAGUGUCCCAUCAGACACUCUGUCCCCUCAGGCCUUCCCACCCUGCUGGUGUG